CUUCACAGUCGACUGCACGUUUAUCUGAUUACGCAUUACAGACAACCUUCAGACUCAUCAAAAACAUAAAACAAACGUCUGCUGCUUCCACUCCUUCAGCAGCUUUUCCACAAAGAACGAUGAAACACGAAUGUGACUUGAGCUGAAUGUUUCUUUUUUAAACCGACCAGCUUAUAAACGACACCAAAUGAGAGAUGGCAACCUGCAAGCUUUUAACAUGGGAAGGUUGGUGCACAUCUCAGUUAAACAUCAUCCUUCUUGGUGGCAGAAACUCAGGAAAGAGCUCUGUUGGGAACCUGCUCUUGGGAAAAGAGGAGUUUGUCACCAAAGAGAGGACCUCCUGCUCUCGGAGAGUGGGCAUGGUGGCCGGUCAGCGGGUCACAGUUGUGGACACCCCAGGCUGGUGGUGUGAUUUCUGUGCUCAGGACACAUGUGAGCUGGUGAAGAGGGAGAUUGUAAGCAGUGUUUCUCUUUGCUCGCCAGGCCCGCAUGUAUUUCUGAUCACCAUCAAGGUGAGCUCGGCCUUCUCGGAGAGGCGUCGGCAGGCCGUGGAGGAGCACGUGGCCCUGCUGGGUGAGGGAGUGUGGAGUUACUGCAUGGUCGUCUUCACGACUACUGACAGGUCGAAGCACAUCGAAGCAGAAGAGCAUGUACGAACAGCAGGAAAGGCUCUUCACUGGUUGAUUGAGAAGUGCAGCCAGAGGAGUCACAGUGUUAACUUGACCGAUGACACUGAAGUCAUCGGGCUGCUUGAGAAAGUUCUGAAACUUGUCAGAGAAAAUGGAAACGGAGUGUUUGAAAUGCAGGAAAACAUUCUGCAGGUGACUGCGGAGGAGAAGAGAAGAGUGGAGGAGAAAGCGCAGCAGAGGUUCAUGCGAGUUAAAAAACACAGAUCACUGAUGCAAAGGAGGUUGAAACCAUUUACUGAUAUCAGGAUUGUGUUGGUUGGAGCAAAGGGUUCUGGGAAGACUUCAGUGCUGAAUACAAUCCUGGGCAAAUACAACACCCAGCCACACAGGAGAACGGCUCAGUGUCUGGUUGAAAAAGGAGUGGUGUUUGGCAGAGACGUGACUGUGGUGGACACUCCAGGCUGGUGGAUGAACUACUUCUGUGACGAGAGCACCGUCUUUGACCAGAGGGAGCUGGUGUUCAGUUUGUCUCUCUGUCCUCCUGGGCCUCAUGUGUUCUUGCUUGUGAUCCGUGUGGACAGGGCCUUCACUGAAACCUACAGGAGAGCAGUGCAGGAGCACCUGCAGCUGAUCAGUGACCACAUCUGGAGUCGUGUGCUUGUACUGUUUAGUGUCGGGGACUGGCUGGGAGGCACAACUACUGAGCAGUACAUUGAGAGUGAAGGAGAACCUCUGCAGUGGCUUGUGGAAAGAUGUGGGAACAGAUAUCACGUUCUGAACAACAAAACUAAAGGAGAUGGAUUUCAAAUCAGAGAGCUGAUUGGAAAGAUUGAAUUAAUGUUUGCUGAGGGUUACCAGUAUUACGAAAUAGAGAGGAGUUUGGUGGAACAGCUGGAGGUGAAAAGGAGAAGAGAGAAUGAAAGAGCCAAAGAGAGACGACUGGUGAAGGAGAAUUUCAGGCAGAUGGCAAAGUCUCAGUUGGAGAAGCUCAACCAUCUUCCAGAAAUGAGGAUAGUGCUUGUUGGUGGCAAGAAAACAGGCAAAAGUUCAUGUGGAAACACAAUCCUGAGCAGAGAGUGCUUCAACACAGACAUCCAAACCGCCUCCUGUGCUGAAAAACAAGGCAACAUUAACGGCAAGAUGGUUACUGUACUGGACACUCCUGGUGGCUUCCUUGUGACCUCUGAACUCCUUAUGGCUCCCUUGUCAUGUGCUAUCCUUCUCAUUGUUAACACGAGUUCCUCAUUCAAAAAUACUCACAGGGAGGAGCUGGAGAAGCAGCUGGAGGCUGGAGGAGGCCAAUUGUGGAGAAGAGCUGUUGUUUUGUUCAGCUACGGCGACUGGCUGAGCGACACAAACAUCGAGCAACGCAUUGAGAGUGAAGGAGAGCCACUGCAGAGGCUUGUCGAAAAGUGUGGGAACAGAUAUCACGUCCUGGACAACAAACACAUGGGAAAUGGAGCUCAAGUUGACGAGCUGAUUGACCUGAUGGAGGAGAUGCUGGUUGAAGAAAGGCUGGCGGCUCUUCACCAAGGUGAUCACAUGUGGAGAAGUGCUUCAGCAGCACGUGAGGAGCAGAGAGACACCGUGACACCGUGUGAGGAAGAUUUAAAUGUGUCCUGUGAUUUGACUGAAUCAGACAUUCCCACAACACCACAAGCAACACAGAGCUGCUCAGAUGCCACACCACAUCCUGGUGGACAGAUAGUGGCAUUACCGGCAGGAAGAGCAAGAGGACAGACACAGGACAGACACAGGUUCAUGGCCACCUUAGCCUCUCUGCUCGCUUAUAAAAAUGGUCUGAGGUGGACUGCAGCCGGUCAACAGGGAUUAGCAGCAAAUAUUCCCAUUUACAUCUCAACUGGUGAUCCUCACAACAGCCUGAGACUGAACCGUGAAAGCCAAGUGCGUCUGUUCUCGCCUACACGUCCAACAACCCUUGUGCUUUUACCUCAGAUACAGAACAGGCUGUUAACAGAAGAGAAUGUCCCUCAUGUGCAUUCCCUUUGCCACCCUGCCCUGAGAGAACGGACCCUCAGGAGGCUCACAGAGUGUGGAGGCCUGCAGCAGCUUAUCGACCAGUGGGGUGACAGCAGCCUGGAGGAACUGGAAGCCUUCAUUGAUGCAUACUUUGAGAUGGUGUGGGAACAAACCAUGGGGUCAUUUCAGCUGACUGAGCCUCACUCUCCUGUCCCAGAGCAGGACACUGUGGUCAGGGAGGCUGGACAGGAGGAAGUGCUGUCCUCCAUAGACAGGAAACUCUCAAAGCUGGAGCUGCUUGAAGAGAUCAGGACUGAUUUGUCAACACUGAGGGAGAGUCUGGAGCACAGCUGGACGGCCAUUCAGGAACUCACACAUAAGAGUACAGAAGAACCCAAUAAUUCAUGCUAAUAUGAGGAAAUCAACAAACAACAGUGGGAAGUAUAGCUGGAAUUAAUGAUGCAUACUAUGGCUUAAUAUUUUUUCUUUUUGUAUUUUUUUUUAAACCACAAUGGAUUCCCAGGAGUGACGCAAUCAAUGAAUCAAUGAAUCAACGAAUGAAUGAAUGAAUCAAUCAAUCAGUCGACAGAGUUAAAAAGAGUUAAAAUAUGCUGUAAAUGGGGUGAUCUAAAAAUCUGCUAAAAUCAAUCAAUCAACAAAAAAAAGAUACAAAAACACGAAAACAAAC